GUCCUAAUUCUAAAUUAAUAGAUUUUAUAUUUUGUGGACAAAUUGACCCUAAAUGAUCCAAGUUUAGUAGUCUGAUUUGGUUGAUGAGCCACGCAUGCAAUUAAAAAAAGCAUGUGAUGUUAAUAUUUUGAUAUAAGGUUUCUAUUUGUUGGAGCCAUGCAAUCGAAAGAAAGAGAACCAACAUGCAAAACCUCACCCCAUAACUGAAAAAAAACAAUGAUGAGAAACCUGGUCCACAAAUUUAAUCUUUUUACCCCUUUUUUUGUCUGGCUCUCAACCAAGUACAUACAACACACAGGUGUAUUAGGUGAAGGUAUUGAAGAGAAAGUCCAAGGAAACUGCCAAGUCAUUGUGAUAAAAUUUCUCAGUUUCCGGAUUGGUCUUCUUAAUUGUGAUGAUCUUUCUUCGGUGAAACUCUCUCUCUCUGUGGGUUCUUCACAGGGUUUGGUGGACAAGAUGAAUUCAUGUUUGAAAAUGAAGAGGAAAGCAAAAGGGAAGGCACCAUUUAUGAAGAAUGGAAGACUAUUAUUAGAGGAGCCAAUUGCCUUUUGCAAUGGGAAAAGCAAUCCUAUCCAUGUCUUCUCUGCCGAGGAGCUCAGAAGAGAAACAAACUACCAUGACCCUUGCUUAGUUUUGAAUUUUACAAGGGCUCUCUAGAAGGCUGCUUAAUUUCAGUUAAAAAGUACAAAGGAGAAUUUCUUUGGGAUUUUGAAGUUGAAGACACUAUUAAAGACUUUGUGGUUGGAACACAAAUGAGUGUCCACAAAAAUGUUCUAAAACUCUUAGCAUCUGCUUAGAGACCAAUAUUCCAAUUCUAGUGUAUGAAUUUGUAGGGGACAGAAUUCUCUCCACGUGUAUCCAUCCAAUUGAGGGAGUCAUCUCAGAUCCAUUACCAUGUAAAUGCAAGUUAAGCAUUGCAAUGGGCAUAGCUAAUGCAGUUACAUAUAUCCUUUAAUUCAUUUUUUAGGCCUGUUAUCCAUAGAAAUAUUAAGCCAUCCAUAUUGGAUGAGAACAAUGUUGCAGAGCUGACAGAUUUCUCACUCUCUAUAUCUAUUCCUAAAGAUCAAUUGCAAGUAAAGUGACAGUAGUUUUGGAAACUGUAAUUAUAUUUUAUCUUUUUUGAUUGAAAGUAUGUAUGCACCUGAAUAUACAGCUAAAUGCUACAUAACUGAGAAGGUUUUUUUUUUUUUUUUU